AUGACAAUACCGGCGAUGCCAUCCGGCGACCUCAUCGUCGACCUCGUCGUCGGUGAGCGAGAGGCUGUCUCUGAUCAGCUCGUAGCUCUCUCCCCAGCUCUCUGUUCUAUCUUGCAGCCAAGUACCUCCAAGCAAGCAUCCACAACCACAACCACACCAGUUGCAGAGAAGAUAAGCAUCAGCCUCCGCCCGACGUCAAACCGCACUCUAGGCAUCUCCAGCAUCCCCUCCCUAGCCAUUUACGCAGUCAAGAGCACCCACGAAACCUCAGGACUAUGGAUCGAAGCUUCGAAAGCCGUCGCUAGCAUCCUUAACGCUUCAUCCCGCAGCCACCGCUCAGACAAAGGCAGACAGGUUUUAGUCGAGAAGCUCACUCUGUUCGAUGCCUCGCUUGUGUACCUCCAAGCAACCUCACAAACCAGCUACGAUAAUGCGGACAGCUCUCAAGACGAGCUUGUCCGACAGCUAGAUGGCAAGGUCUUACGCCAAGGUCAAAUUAUCCGACUGCAGCUAGGAGCAACAGUAGUACCGCUGAGAGUGGCAAUGCUUGAGCCAUUGCUGCAAGGGGUGUUUUCGGCGGACAAGUCGGAUGUGUUGCUUACUCUGCAAAGCGGAGCAGCAGAAGAGGAUGGGUUGGAGCAGUCGAUGGUUUCGAGCGCGUCAGAGGAUUCGUUCUCGAUAGCGGGUAGUGAAACUGAGGCGGGUGCCGAUGAGAAGGGUGAUAGUGGGGAUGAGGUGGGAGAUGAGGACGAUUUGGAGAUCGAUGAAAGGUUCCUGGCGCAAACGGUGUUGGAGGAUUUCUCCAAUCUGGAGAUCUCCAUCGAUCCUGCUUCCACAGCAAAAGCAGACGGACAACGGAGCAAGGAGAGCAAAGUAAAAAGGUGCUCACUGCACCAACUGCAAGAUCCUUCCUCCAUCACAGCCGCCAUUUCACAUUGGUUCGCGCAAGCCUCUUCGACCGAAUCCAACUCGCUAAUGGGCAGUGCAUCGGACAACAUCGACGAAGAAAACGUAAUUCUCGCAAGCGAAAGAGACAUGGCCUCUCUCGGCGCGUUCAACGGUGACUGGGUCGCUGCUUCCCCUGACACCAAUCCUUCUUCCACUCGCCUCGUCCGCAUUUUUUCCUCCCAAGACCUUCCCCAUUCCUCCUCAUCAUCUCGGAGCCUGGGAGUGCACAUGUCGCCCAUUUUAGCACAGAACAUUCUCAGAGACGCCGUCUUCUCCCCUUCCUCCACCGCCAACGCCUCUAGCCUCAUCUUACGCAUCCUUGGCUCGUGCCCAAGCGACACCCAACCCGAGGUCUCCGCUCUCGUCCGCUCCUGCCCCGUCCCCAUACCUUUCGCCGAGAGCUUACGCAUCGCUCGAGUAGCCGGACCACUCAGCGUCGACCGCGCCUACCAAGGACUGUUCCUCGAGGCUCUCCGAACGUUUUUCGAGGACAGACGUCGCAUUUGCCGAAACGGAGAUUUGAUCGCUGUUGCUAUCGAAGCGUCUAAAGCGAGGUUCGUUGCUCGUGAAGCCGAACAAGACGCUCCUGAUGCGGAGAAUGACGAUAUACAUGAUCUUGAACUUCCCUCUUCGAGCAGUGCUAAGACGGCAACGGUGUAUUUCAAGGUCACCGAUCUCAGGAGCGAGCUAGUAGCACCCGACGCAGCAACAAACGGAAAGACAGCGAGGGAUGAAGCUACAAGAGCACUAUCGUUGCAAGGCAGAAUGGGUCAGUUGGGAUGCAUUGUGGAUCCACAUGUGACGAACAUGGUUCAGACUGGUGUUGAACAUUGUCGCGUAGUCGACUGCGAUCGGUGGUUGGGUGUUUAUUCCGACACUCCUACUCUGCCGAGCCAUUUUACGAAUCCGGAACAGCAGAAACUGGUCGCACCACUGGUCGCACCCUCCAGCCCUUAUGCUACACUCUCCUCACUCCUCAACGCGACGCUGCAACCCAACGCUAGUCGAUUCAACCUGCAUCUUUCUGUUCUGCUCAAAGGCGCACGUGGAUGUGGUAAACGCACGGUCACUCGCUGGGUCGCCAAAUCGGCUGGAGUACAACUCGUCGAAUUGGACUGCUUUGACGUUAUCUCGGAUACCGAUGUUCGAACCGAAGGAAUGCUCCGUGCGCGGUUCUCGAAAGCUGCGGAAUGCGCACCGUGUAUCUUCCUCCUUCGUAACAUCGAAGCACUAGCGCGGAAAAGUCAAGCACUGGAGACUGGACAAGAACCACCCCUUGCAACUGCACUAGCUAGCUGCUUCGAAGAGCUUUGGAGCGUGAGAGGUACGAUGCCAGUGGCGGUAUUCGGUACGGCUUCCGAGCCUGACAAGUGUCCGUCGGGUGUCCUCGGGUAUUUCAAGCAUGAAGUGACAUUUGGUGCACCAAACGAAGCGGAAAGAAGGGCGAUGCUGGAGAUCACGAUGCAAGGAAGUGUGCUGGGACCAGAUGUGGAGUUGAAAGGGCUAGCGACACAGACGGCUGCACUUGUGGCUGCGGAUUUGGUCAAUCUUGCUUCUCGGUCGAGACUGGCUUCCGUAUCAAGGGUUAGGAAAGCACCGCCUUCCUCAGCGAGUAGUGUUGUUUCGGAUAGGGAUCUGUUCCUCGGAGGACUAGCUAUCACGGGUGAGGAUUUGGAUGCGGCGCUCAACAAAGCUCGAUCUUCUUACUCGGAGUCCAUUGGCGCGCCUAAGAUCCCUAAUGUUACAUGGGACGACGUUGGUGGAUUGGCUGCAGUCAAAUCUGAUAUCCUGGAUACGAUUCAGCUUCCGCUCGAGCAUCCUGAACUUUUCAGUGACGGACUUAAGAAACGCUCUGGUAUUCUACUCUACGGCCCGCCAGGUACGGGCAAGACACUCCUCGCCAAAGCAGUCGCUACAUCCUGCUCGCUCAACUUCUUCUCCGUCAAAGGUCCCGAGCUGUUGAACAUGUACAUUGGUGAAUCCGAAGCCAACGUCCGUCGGGUGUUCCAGCGGGCAAGGGAUGCCAAACCCUGCGUGAUCUUUUUCGACGAACUCGAUUCCGUUGCUCCUAAGCGUGGCAAUCAAGGUGACAGUGGUGGUGUGAUGGAUCGCAUUGUUUCUCAACUUUUGGCAGAAUUAGACGGUAUGGCGGGUAGCAGCGAAGGAACGGACGUGUUUGUAAUCGGUGCUACCAACCGACCUGACUUGCUCGAUCCAGCUCUCCUCCGACCUGGACGUUUCGACCGAAUGCUAUACCUCAGUGUUAGCGAAACUCACGCUGCACAGCUAAACAUCCUUCAAGCUCUCACUCGCAAGUUCAAACUAGACCCCGACGUCGGAGAUCUGAGCUGUAUUGCGGAUCAAUGCCCUUUCAACUUGACGGGUGCAGACUUUUACGCGUUGUGUUCGGACGCGAUGUUGAAAGCGAUGACUAGGAAGGCAAGUGAAGUAGAUGCGAGGAUUGAAGAGAUUAACAAGGAGGGUGGGAGGAAGGGACAUCCUCAUCCGAUUACUGCUCAGUAUUAUCUUGCGGAAAUGGCGAAAGCGGAGGAGAUAGAGGUGAAGGUGAAUAGAAGAGAUUUUGAAGGAGCAUUAAGGGAGUUGACUCCAAGUGUUAGUGAACAGGAAAUGGAACAUUACAGAGAGGUGCAGGCUAAAUUUAGUGCGCCGAAGAAAGAAAAGGGUGGGGAAGCGGAGGGAGAGAAGAAGGGGAAGGGGAAGGGGAAGGGGAAGGGGGUGAUGGGGGAGGAACAGUUGAUGGCGAUGAUGAAAGCGGCACGGAAUGGCAAUGGGGUGGUAUCGAGGGAUGUGCUUUCCCAGCAGGCGGCGGCGGAAGAUGGGAUGAAGGGAAGGAAUGAGGAGGAGCAAGAAGAGCAGGAGGAAGUGGCUGCAGAGGCUCGUAGGAAGGCUAAAGGGAAAGGGAAAGCUUCUUCUUGA